AUGCUAUUUCGUUUGCUCCUGCUGUGUGCUCUCGCUCUUGCGCACGUGAAUGGUGGAAAAUGUUGGGAUUAUGGAAAUCAUAGGUUGUACUGCGCACGUUUGCGCGGUGGCGGUAGAUUCGAUAGUUCUGGAGUGGGCAUCAUUCAAGCAUCGGAAGCAGAGAAGUUGAGGCAGCAAGGCAUUCUCAAGGGGAAAUGGGCGAUUGAGAGCCAAGAAGAGCCCGAAAGCGAUAUACAAGAUGCGUAUCCCUCCAACUGGCCAGAAGAAUGGGGAGGUCUUGAGGAGACAGAUGAAGUGACCAGGAUGGGACCAGGUCCCCUCCGCCUGUACCUGGACAACAAGUACAAUCGAGACGUGCUUCCAACGGGAGAAGUGUCGCAAGCUACUCUCGAUCGUUUGAAGGACUCUCUGGUGGACGAGAAUGGAUAUACGGAGGUGGAGAUCGAAGAGAACAGCAGCUAUGGUACAGCUUACGAUCGUGAAGUCAACAAAGCUGCUGCUCACGAUGGGCCCAACCUGUCUAUGCAGUCUGUUGGCGAUGACCAAGUUGUGGCGGAACGGUUGAUGACGAGUAAAACAAGUCCUCAAGAACUCAAUGGAUUUGAACUUCCGUCCGGGGUCACUCCGGGUCUUGCAAAGAAGUGGCUGAGUGAAGCAAUCAUGAAUCCAUUUCACCGAGAAAAAGACUCGGCAGCAUCCUCUGCCAUUCCAGACUUUGAUGGAGACGGCGAACAGUCUCCAGAGAUAACAGCAGCAGAGAGAGCCAUCGAUGACGCUAUCGCCAACAACGAUACCGAAGCUCUUGAGGCAGCGAUAGGUGAGUGUUACAUGUGUUACCAGACGGAAUUGACGGCACAGCCAGAGCAUCUCAAAAAGCUCAAGGACAAGUGA